GGCGUCUUUCCUUUUUGUAAAAAUAAACGUAUAAAUGUACUGAAAAGUGAUUAUUGUAGCUUAAGGCUUAAGCAAUGUCUAUCAAUGAACUUCCAGACGAUUGUUUGCUCAUCAUUUUUGGUCUAAUAAAUGAAUUGGAUGAUUUAUUGAACUGCUAUAAGGUAUGCAGCAAAUGGAGCCAAUUGAUUGCAAAGCGAACCAGAACAGUUAAAUAUUUUAUUGGACAUCGGGUUAAAAAUGGUGGGUGCGAAUCUGUGCAAUUUCCAAGAAAUGUGUUUGGUUAUGUUUAUUAUAAAACAAAGGCGCCAAUUGAUGGAACUUGUUUGAGCACAUUAUUCCCAAAUUUAAUUAUUGCUGACUUUUCCGGAUUUCGUGAAAAAGUAAAAUAUGAAGAUAUGGUUACAUUUGUCAAAGAGAUAAAAUCUUUAAAAGGAUUAAUUCAUAAGUACGAUACCAGAGGUGAAUUAAUUUCCCAAUAUUGUGACCAACUCGAAAUGUUAUCCACCAAUCACAUUGAUCCAUGCAUGGAAAAGAAUGGUGUCAAUAUCAAACAAUUGCGCCUUGGCAAUGUUACUCUAGAUGAAUUCAAGAAAGAUGCACAUUUUUUUCCAAAUCUUGAAAGACUAUGCAUUUCCACUGACAAAGGUUACUACGAUGGUCCCAUACUUAGAAGACUUAAAAUACUUGAAUUGUACUUUUUUACUCCCCACGGUAUUUAUGAUGACCCAUAUGUUGAUGAAGACCUUUAUUAUGGAUUCCAAUUCAUGGAUUCAUGUCCAAAUUUACAAAGUGCACACCUUUUCUUUCGCAACAAUCGCAUUUAUGUCGCUGAAUCAGUAAAAAACAAAUCUUUACAAGAUUUAGUUUUGACCUAUGAUGGUUUUGAUUAUUAUGCUAGCGUCGCAUGGAAAGACUUGAAAAGAGUGCUUAUGAAAUAUCCAAAUCUUAAACAUCUUGCACUGGUGGGCAACAUGAAUCUAGAUGAUGAAUAUGUUGAAGAAUUGGUCCGCAUUUUGCCCAAUCUAGUGUUGCUGAUUGUUCGUGCUGAAUAUUGGCCUGACGUUACUCAAAAGGCUGUUGAUUAUGUUCGAGACUAUUGUAAUUUACAUGGACGAUCAAUCAAGUUUUAUUUUGAUGAUAAUCACCAUGAAAUUCAGUCAGAUUGGCCUCAGUUAUCUACUGAUUUUGAAAAAAUAAGUCAAGGUUUUGAUUUCCUGAAAAAUUGUUUUCUCAAAUAUUCUAUGGUCCUUCCUAAUUUUUUAAUCUCAAACGAGAACUAAAUAACCAAACAUAAGCGUUCAUCUAUUCUCAUCUUAAAUCCACAAUAUGUAAUCGCGAUAUGUAUGAGAAAGAUAACUUGUAAUCGAAUAAAAAUUGAAACAAUUCACAUAAAUUCUAGAAAACGACAACAAUACGAUUGUCAGUAAAAUUUGAAAUUA